AUGGUCGAUGCUCACCAGCGGAGAGGUGAACCUGAUCGUUCUACUGAGAAGGGCGAAUCUUCCAUCAAAGAUCCCAACAAGGAAUGCGAGCCGUACCUCUACCAACCUAUUGCUGACGCUCUCGCUUCCUUCCCGCCCAUAUGGGGACCCGCGACUAUCCUCCCAGAGGAUGGAAACGCGCUCGCUAAAUGGGCGAGUAUCAAAGCAAACGUCCCCGAUAUCCCUCCAAAGGGAGACUUGCAAGGGAACACAACGGGCCUGGAUUACCCAGCUGAGGACCCGGAUUGUUGGUGGACGAACACUAAGUGCAUGACGCCCAAAGCAGCUGGGUUGCCACCUGAUGUGUCCAUUAUGCCUGAACCCCGAACUUUAGGAUACGGUUUUGAUGAUGGACCCAACUGUUCGCAUAACGCGUUUUACGAUUAUUUGCAGUCGCAGGAUCAGAAAGCUAUAUGGACAGCGAUGUUCUACAUUGGCAGCAACGUGAUGGACUGGCCAAUGGAAACGCGUAGGGCGGUUGCGGAUGGCCAUGAAAUCUGUGUCCAUAGUUGGUCGCAUCACUACAUGACCGCAUUCUCCAGCGAAGAUGCCUUUGCAGAGUUAUAUUACAGUGAGUGUAAGCACGUCGGGCAUUUGAUGCAGGCUGUGAAGAUAGCGGCGGGCGUAACGCCAACAUGCUGGAGGCCUCCGUUCGGUGACGUCGACGACCGCAUCCGCGCCAUCGCCAAUGGCCUGGGACUGCGCACCAUCCUUUGGGAAUACGAUUCGCAGGACUGGCAAUAUGGUGUUACCCCCGGCGUGACUGAAGAUAUGGUGGACAAUGAAUACCAGGCCAUGAUCAACGACGCAAAGAAGGGCAAAUUCGACAAAGUUGGGACGAUGAUCCUCGCUCACGAGCUAGAUGACUGGACCAUGAACGAAGCCAGGAAGUUUUAUCCUCUUUUGAAAGAGGUCUUUGAUCACAUUGUCCCUGUGGCUGUUGGGUACAAUAUUACCCAACCGUACGUCGAGAACGAUAUUGUGAUGCCCAACUUUGCUCAAUACGUCGCCGGCAUUGGCCAAAAUCUCAUCAAAAACGGUACUAAUGCUACUUCAACCGUAAACCCCAAUGCACCUCGUACUACAGUAUCCGCGACUCCCAGCAGCACGGCCGUUAACAACAACAUCAAGAAAAGCGCUGCAGCGCGCGCGCCAAAUCUUGCACUGGGUGGACUCAGCAAUGUUAUGGCGUCUACAACAUCCAUAAUCCUUGGGAUCAUCAGCGCAGUCGUUCUUGGUGCAAUGGCUCAGCAGUGGUAG